CUGGUCAUUGCCGGCAAGGACAAGGGCAAGACGGGCCGCAUUUUGAACAUGGUGCCCGAGAGGAAUCGGGUAAUCGUCGAAGGCGUCAACAUGGUGACCAAGCACUAUAAGCCUCGCCCCGGCAUCCGCCAGGGCGGCCGAGUGCAACAGGAAGCCGCGAUUCACAUUUCCAAUAUCAAGCUCAUCCAGAGCAAUUACACCGAACCGAGCACUCAGUUCCGCAAUCGGGACGAGUAA